CACACACACAGACCUACCCAUCUAUAAAUAAUGAAAAAGUUUUUUAAUUUAGUUUUUAAAAAAUCUUCUGCUAUGCUGAGAUGAUCCUGCUCUUUUUCCACACAGAGAGAAUCCUACUGAGCAUGUGCAGAUCAAAUUUCAGCCCUCUAGCUUGUUUAUCUGAAACAGCCAUUAAAAAAGUGUUUUUGAGAGUAAAGGAGAGAUGUCCUCGUAUCUCCUUAUGUUCCCUUCUGCUCCCCCUACGGUGUUGGUGUUUAGGACAUGGAAAUGAUUUUCCAAUUUUCUAUUGUGUGCUCUUCUGCUGCUGUAGCUCAUCUGCUGUAAGGUAGUGUGUGUUCAGGCAUGCUCUUCUGCAUACCUUGGUUGUAGUGUGUGGUUAUUUUACUUACUGUUGCCUUCCUGUCAGCUCACAGCUGUCUGCCCAUUCUCUUCUGACCUCUGACAGGCUUUGUGUUAGGGAGAACUGCUGCUUGCUGUAUGUACUCAGUGCAUUUAGGAAUGUAGACAUGGUCAAGAUCAUGUCUAAGUCCAUAAUCCCCUAUGUGUUUUCUCUGACACUGACUGGGUUUCUUUCCACAGGUGAGGCUGGUCGGAUGUCUUUGGGUUUUUUUUUUAUCUGUUGUUGUGAGCUUGUGACGGAGUCCUUAGAUCGAUCGCUCAGACACCGGGACUGAUGAAGAGACUGAGCAGCUUCUUUUCUCAAAAUAUUUCUUCCACACAUGAAGGUGGAAAGGGUGUGAAGUGAGCUCAGCAGGUGUGGCUUCUGCUAUGGAUCAGUGUGAGCACAGAGAGGAGGGAGUCCCUCCCUCUAAAUCCACUCUGUGUGGGGAACAUGACAGCAAGACCAAAGCUCAGAGAAUCAAUAAGGAGACACUGUUGUCUACUUCACUGAGCUGUGUGUCAAUGAAGAGUGACCGAUCUAUGAUUCAACCAAUAACCUUUUCAAACAGAGAGCGGUCUUUUGAUACAGAUGUUUUGCAGAGCUCAGAGACUCUCAGUGGUCAGUCUGAUCUGGACUCCAUAUUUACGACGCUGGAGGACAACAUGUUCAGUUUUUUAAAGAAUGAGCUGAAGAGGAUGAGGAAGGUCGUGCUUUCAGACUAUCCAGAAUGGUUAGAGUGUCAGAGGGAGGAUGAGGAGGUGCUGAAGGCUGAGGAUGAAGAACAGAGGAGGAGCAGUAGAGAGUCAUUUUUGAAGAUCACGCUACAAUUCCUUAGGAAAAUGAAGCAGGAGAAGCUGGCUGAGUGUCUGCAGAGCAGAACUCGUGCUGCAAAGUGCCAAAAAAACCUGAAGUCUAAUCUGAAAAAGAAGUUCAAGUGUGUUUUUGAGGGGAUUGCUAAAGCUGGAAGCUCAACCCUUCUGAAUCAGAUCUACACAGAGCUCUACAUCACAGAGGGAGGGACUGCAGGGGUCAAUGAUGAACAUGAGAUCAGACAGAUUGAAACCGUAUCCAGGAAAUUGAACAGACCAGAAACUGCAAUCAGACAAGAAGAUAUCUUUAAAGCCUCACCUGUUAAAGACAAGCCAAUCAGAACAGUGCUGACAAAGGGAGUGGCUGGCAUUGGGAAAACAGUCCUAACACAGAAGUUCACUCUGGACUGGGCUGAAGACAAAUCCAACCAGGACAUCCAGUUCAUGUUUCCAUUCACUUUCAGAGAGCUGAAUGUGCUGAAAGAGAAAAAGUUCAGCUUGGUGGAACUUGUUCAUCACUUCUUUCCUGAAUCCUCAUCAGCAGGUAUCUGCAGCUUUGAAGACUUCCAGGUUUUGUUCAUCUUUGAUGGUCUGGAUGAGUGUCGACUUCCUCUGGACUUCCACAAAACUGAGACCCUGACUGAUGUUACAGAGUCCACCUCAGUGGAUGUGCUGCUGAUAAACCUCAUCAGGAGGAACCUGCUUCCUUCUGCACGCAUCUGGAUAACCACAAGACCAGCAGCAGCCAGUCAGAUCCCUCCUGACUGUGUUGACAUGGUGACAGAGGUCAGAGGAUUCAGUGACCCGCAGAAGGAAGAGUACUUCAGAAAGAGAUUCAAAGAAAGGGAGCAGGCCAACAGGAUUAUCUCCCACAUCAAGAAAUCACGAAGCCUCCACAUCAUGUGCCACAUCCCAGUCUUUUGCUGGAUCACUGCUACAGUUCUGGAAGAUGUGCUGAAAACUAGAGAGGGGGGACAGCUGCCCAAGACCCUGACUGAGAUGUACAUUCACUUCCUGGUGGUUCAGGCCAAAAUGAAGAAGGUCAAGUAUGAUGGAGGAACUGAGAUAGAUCAGCACUGGAGUCCAGAGAGCAGGAAGAUGAUCGAGUGUCUGGGAAAACUGGCUUUUGAUCAGCUGCAGAAAGGAAAGCUGAUCUUCUAUGAAUCAGACCUGACAGAUUUUGAAGUAAUUAUCAAGGAUGCCUCAGUGUACUCAGGAGUGUUCACACAGAUCUUUAAAGAGGAGAGAGGACUGUACCAGAACAAGGUGUUCUGCUUCAUCCAUCUGAGUAUUCAGGAGUUUAUGGCUGCUCUUCAUGUCCAUCUGACCUUCAUCAACUCUGAAGUCAACCUGCUGGAGAAACGGCAAAAAAAAGAUCAGCAUUCUUUAAAACAUCUCCACCAGAGUGCCGUGGACAAGGCCUUAGAGAGUUCAAAUGGUCAUCUGGACUUGUUCCUCCGCUUCCUCCUUGGGCUUUCACUGCAGUCUAAUCAGACUCUCCUAAAAGGUCUACUGACACAGACAGGAAGUAGUUCAAAUACUGAUGUGGAAACAGUCCAGUACAUCAAGAGGAAGAUCAGUGAUAAUCAGUCUGCAGAGAAAAGCAUCAAUCUGUUUCACUGUCUGAAUGAACUGAAUGAUCGUUCUCUAGUGGAGGAGAUCCAACAGUCUCUGACUUCGGGAAGUCUCUCUACAGAUAAACUGUCUCCUGCUCAGUGGUCAGCUCUGGUCUUCAUCUUAUUGUCAUCAAAGGAAGAUCUUGAUUCAUUUGAACUGAAGAAAUACUCUGCUUCUGAGGAUGCUCUUCUGAGGCUUCUGCCAGUGGUCAAAGCCUCCAAGAAAGCUCUGCUGAGCUGUUGUAACUUGUCGUGGAGAAGCUGCAAAGCUCUUUCAUCAGUUCUCAGCUCCGAGUCUUCUAGUCUGAGAGAGCUGGACCUGAGUAACAAUGACCUGCAAGAUUCUGGCGUGAAGCUGCUGUCUGGUGGACUAAAAAGUGUACACUGUAAACUUGAAACUCUAAGUCUCUCGGGUUGUCUGAUCACAAAAGAUGGAGGUGAAUCUUUGGUCUUGGCUUUGAGGUCUAACCCCUCCCAUCUGAGAAAUCUUGAUUUGAGCUACAAUCAUCCAGGAGACUCUCAUGUGGAGGAGCUUUCUAAGGGAGUGAAGAAUACUCAGUGGAGACUGGAAAAUCUAAGAGUGGACCAUUGUGGAGAGCAGUGGCUAAAACCUGGACUACUGAAGUAUUCAUGUGAAAUCACAGUGGACACCAACACAGUGAACAGAAACCUAAGACUAUCUGACAACAACAGGAAGGUGACACGUGUGAAACAGGACCAUCCAUAUCCUGAUCAUCCAGACAGAUUUGACUGCUGGCCUCAGCUGCUGUGUAGAAAUGGUCUGACUGGCCGCUGUUACUGGGAGUUGGAGUGGGAAGGAGAAGUUUAUAUAGCAGUGAGUUACAGAAGAAUCCAAAGGAAAAAAAAGAGUGAUGAGUGUUGGUUUGGAGGAAAUGAUCAGUCAUGGAGUCUGAGCUGCUCUGAUGGUGGUUACUCUGUGUGGCACAAUAACAGAGAAACAUUCAUUUCCUCCCACUCCUCCUCAUCCUCGGUCUCUGACAGAGUAGCAGUGUAUGUGGACUGUCCUGCUGGCACUCUGUCCUUCUACAGAGUCUCCUCUGACACUCUGAUCCACCUCCACACCUUCAACAUCACAUUGACUGAAUCUCUGUAUGUUGGGUUUGGAUUUGGGUUCUGGUCAUCUGAAUCUUUACUUUCUCUGUGUUCUUAGUGUACCUUUAAUCUCAUCACUGAGACAGGACACACACCACUUGUAAGUUUUUUACUGUCCAUGUUUACAAAUUGACAUCUUUUCAUAAAUGUAACCAAGUGGAUUUAGAGCCUAAAGCUGACCAGCGAGUGAAGUAAAAGUGGUGAAAAGUGAAACAUGUUAGAAAGAGAAGAUGGCCUUAACAGGGUGUGAACUAGUGAACUUGUAAAGUAAAAACAUUAUGCAUUUAA